AACACUGUAUUAGACAGAUCCGAGGAAACGUCAGUAUGUCUAUAUUUACGCCAACAAAUCAAAUCCGGCUCACUAAUGUGGCGGUGGUGAGGAUGAAGAAAGCAGGGAAGCGUUUUGAAAUCGCCUGUUACAAGAAUAAAGUCAUGAGCUGGAGGACAGGAGCGGAGAAAGAUCUGGAUGAGGUUUUGCAGACAAGCUCAGUCUUCACCAAUGUGUCCAAAGGUCAGACGGCUAAGAAGGAGGACUUGAUCAAAGCUUUUGGGACGGAUGAUCUCACAGAAAUCUGUACUCAGAUCCUGGCCAAAGGAGAGCUGCAGGUGUCAGACAAGGAGAGGCAGAGUCAGCUGGAGACCUCGUUCAGGGACAUUGCAACUAUUGUGGCAGAGAAGUGUGUCAACCCCGAGACCAAGAGGCCGUACACAGUCAACCUCAUCGAGCGGGCAAUGAAGGACAUCCACUACUCCAUCAAGCCUAACAAGAGCAGUAAACAACAGGCUCUGGAGGUGAUCCGGCAGCUGACGGAGACCAUGCAGAUCCAGAGAGCUCACAUGAGGCUGCGACUCGUGCUGCCCGCCAAGGAGGCCAAGAGGCUGAAGGAGAAGCUGAAGCCGCUAGUGCAGGUCGUGGAGAGUGAAGACUUUGAUGAGGAGCUGGAAAUGGUGUGUCUGGUGGAUCCCGGCUGCUACAGGGAGAUCGAUGAGCUGAUCCGCUGCGAGACCAAAGGCCGAGGUUCUCUGGAGGUUCUCAGUCUGAAGGAUGUGGAGGAAGGAGACGAGAAACUAUAAUAACACAAAGCAUUCAGGACUCUCUCUCUCUGCACCUUAUCCACACUAACACGCUUCAAAGCAGCACAUAAACUCAUCUCAGUAUUUCUGAAGAGAUUCAUGCUACUUCCUGACACGCCUACCUACCAGUGUCUCUGUUUAAAGGAUUGAUUUGACUUUUUUAUUUGCCUGAUUUGCAUACUGGGUGGAGUGGGACUUUGGAAGUAAUUUGAGCAUUCAUAGUUAAAGUUAAAGUUUAUUAAAGAUUCCUGGGCUUCAUUUACAGAAGUUAAGGACCAAGGGAACAUCGCAAACUUUGUGUGUGCCAUGUAGUCACGCUUCAAGAUCCCAAUAGAUAAUUUCUUUUAACAAAUUAUUUAUAUUUUUCAAAAUGACUGUUUUCUCUGUAAGCAAAUAAAUAUUUAAAGGGAUAU